AUGCACAAGCAACAGUUUCAGUUCAAGAUCGAGGCGAUCAAGGACUUCGAGUUCUUUCGAGGAUGGUAUUUCCCCAAGCAAUGGCGGGACCGCAAGCUCAUGUUCUAUCUCAUGGGCCUUGAGAUCCCAUUUACCAUCACCAUCCUGACCUUGACCGGUGUUGCUUCUCACAACACAUACCGUACGUUGCUAUGGGAGGAUGGCUUCAAGAACGGCUUCAACAGUUCGCCCGAUCAAGCUCUUUACUCCGCUGCCAACUAUGAGCCCUAUACGCCUCCACUCGUGUGGUCAAGUUUCUUGACCAACUUCAACUUGGUGAUCGGAGUCCUGAGUGUCUUCCUCUUGAUUGUGAAAAUCCCCAUUCAUUUCAUGCACUUGCUCUUCCCUCCAUUCGCUGUCAUUAUCCACGCCGGUUGUAUCGUCGUGUACACAUUUGCAGCCCGUUACCAAGCUGGUCCAGAUAUGUCAGACCCCAACAACCCUCAACCCGGAGCACCAUGGUACAUCACCAAGAGCUGCAGUGUGGCCUACUCGACGUCGGACAUCGGAUUCUGUAACCAAGCCAAGGCCCUUUUUGCCCUGUGCGUUAUCUUAAUCUUUGUCUACUUCGUCGAGUUUUGCGUCUGUGUCCGUUCCUGCUUUAUCACCCGGGCCGAGCGCGACGGAAUCAUUGAACACCGCGAAGACAGGCGUGUUGAGAAGGAGUUUGAAGAGGAAAUUCUCAAGUCUCCCUACUACCCAACAACCCCCGGCUUGGUUCCCCGCACUCCAGGUUUCCCACCUAUGGUCGCGCAACCAGCCGGCUUUGGCGGGCAGGGAGGCGUAUACCCCUUUACUCCUCGGCACUUGGCAUUCAACCGACUGGGAAGCGAGGCUUCAGACCUGCCGUUGCGUGAGAAUGGAUCUUCUAGCGCUCCUUCUCCACAAACGCAACACCAGCCUUCUCCAGAUGGGUCGCAAGCGCAGAUGUACUUCCCACCUCCACCAAAGAAGGCUACGAAAUAA